AUGUUUGUUCUUGGUCUGUUCACCUGUAUUGUGCUGAGAGCAUUCAGUGCUCAGGCAAAAGUAUCUGAUGACUUUGAGUGUGAAGAGUUUUUCUACAGAAACACAGAACCAGGAGGAAUGGAUCAAAAUGCCAAGAAAAUCUGUCAGUGGACACCACAAGUUUAUUAUUACGCUACGCUGUACUCGGUUCAUCACAGGAUUCCUCUCUACAGCGCCUACAGAUUUGAUCCUGCAUGCUCAAGCGACGGUGGACGUUCAAACGUCUGGCAUUUAGAGCCACAGAUUUCCGUACCUGAUUCUGGAACUUUUUAUAUGGAACGUGAGAAUAGAAGAAAUCAGAACGAUUAUAAAGGAAAUCAAGCCAUCAGCAGUGACUACAGUGAAACCGGAUAUGACCGUGGACACCUGUACCCCAACAGCUUCCAGUGCGGUGAUGGCCGUACAGCGACAUUCACACUGACCAACGCUGCACCUAUGGACCCGUGUUUUAACCGUAUCCAAUGGGGAAAGAGGGAGAAAGAUUUGAGGAGUUUUUUAAAAGACACACUGAAUAAUGAUGGUAAUUCUGCAACAGUCUACAUUGUCACAGGUACGGUACCCAAUGCAAAUCUAAAGAUACCACAAAGGGAAAUCUCUGAAGACCCUGAAAGAGUAACCGUUCCCUCUCACAUCUGGACGGCUGUCUGUUAUAAACACAACAGUGAUGACAGCAAGUCUUUCUCCUUUGGCUAUAUAGGGGAAAACCUGCCGGAAGGCAGCAUAAGUGUGAUGGAAGUCUCAGCCCUGAAUUAUCGGCUCAGUGAACUCUAUAGUGAGCACUCAGAUACUUCUCAUUCAGUUAGGAUUUUUGUUGAUGACUGUUUUGAUGACAAUUCUAAAUCAAGCAAGGUUCAGAUAGAAUUUAAGAACAAAAUUAAUCUGUCAGGGAGCCAAAGACUCCAGAGUUCAGAUGUGCAGAACACAUUUGGAGCAGUGAAAAGGUUGGUCAGCAGUGACAGCAUAUCAUCUGCAAUGAAUGUCAAAGUAUCUAAGCUGGAAGCAAAAUUAGCCUUUGACAACAUGGACACUUACUACAUUGUGGCAGAGAAAAUGAAGGCUUCUGCUGAAAGUGCUUGUCUUAUUAAACCACAAGAAAGAACAAUUGUGCAUGAUGAGUUCAGAAAGAGGGAUGUGCCCAAGGUGUCAGAUGCUGUUGAAUGCCUGUUGGUCCCGGAGAAGCAGAAGACUGCAGCUGAUGGAUCCCCCUGCCAAAGCAUCACUGACUCUAGUGACAGCUGUCAAUGCACCACAGGAGGAAGAACCAAGCCCUGCUGCUCCUCUCCCUGCCUGUACCAGCACAAACUCAGUUCCUACAUGUGUCACUCAGGCCAGACACUGAUAGAGUGCUCACCGCGGUACUCACUUGUCACAGUUAAUGGAGAGAGGUGCUUGGAUGAUCACCCCUGUGCCACAUAUGGCUACGACUACUACUGGUGCUGGACUGGGUCCUUACCACACCAUUGGGACUACUGCAGCCCUCCACUGUGGAAAAGUAAAGCUGCGAAUGGGCAGUACUGCCAUAGCAAUCAUGCCUGUGCCAAAUAUCGUGCAAGAUAUAGGUGGUGCUACACAGCUGAUGGCAAUAAUCAUGAAUGCUGUAUUUCUGAUAACUGCUUUUCCACUGUGACUAACAAAACCUGCAGGUCUGAUCACCCCUGUGGCUACUAUGGCUAUGAUUACCUAUGGUGCUUCACAGAUGAUAAGAAAAACUAUGCUAAAUGUUGCAAAAAUUGUAGCCAGUAG